CACCAAAUAUGGGUGUUAAUUACUACGACAUCCUUCAGGUCGAUAGGGAUGCUAAGGAUGAGGACCUGAAGAGAGCGUACAAGAGACUCGCCAUGAAAUGGCACCCCGACAAAAAUCUCACGAAUAAGGAAGACGCUGAAUCCAUGUUUAAACAAGUAUCUGAAGCGUAUGAGGUUUUAAGUGAUCCCCACAAAAGGGCACUUUUUGAUUCUACUCUAAAAGCUCGGGUGGAACCUGCUGCUGAUGCUGGUGCAUCUGGUGAUGGUGGACCCACCCGAUACCAGAACCCGCUCCCCAAAGCACCUCCAAUGGAGUGCAAGGUGCCUUGUACUCUGGAGGAGCUAUAUAAGGGAAUCGCUAAGGAGGUGAAAAUAAGUCGAUCCAUCAUACAGGCCCCAGGGCAACGUAAGCUGGUGGAAGAGGUAUUCUUAGUGCAAUUGCAGCCUGGUUGGAAGAAGGGCACGAAGCUGACGUAUCUGGAGAAGGGAUAUGAACUGGAAAAUCACAGACCAGCUGAUCUUGUUCUGUUUAUAUAUGAAGAACUUCACAGAGUUUAUACUAGAGAUAGAGACGACCUUGUAGUGACCCAGAAGAUAUCUCUUGUGGAAGCCUUGACAGGGUACACUGUGAAGCUGGUCACCCUUGAUGGAAGAAACUUAACUGUGCCUAUCGACCAAAUUAUUCAUCCUGAAUAUGAAAAGGUUGUUGAAAGAGAAGGAAUGCCUCUCCCAAAGGAGCCAAAAAAGAAGGGAAACUUGAGGAUAAAGUUCAAAAUCACAUUCCCAGACGACCUCACUCCUUACCAGAAGCUCGAAAUGAAGAAGCUUUUGAGUGAUUGAAACGUUCAUGUUGAUUCAAAGAGCAUAAUCUUGAUAGGGUCAAGUCAAAUUUGAGAUUUUUUUAGGGAUUACAAUUUUGUUUCUGUAUUGCGGGUGUUGUGUGGUUCUUAGUCUGAGGAUGAGUUUUGAGCAUAGAGAAAUAAAACUUUUGUUUCUUUGUUAAAGAUGAGGCUGCUGACGAAGAAGUUAUUAUCCUCGUGAUUGUGCAGUAAAUGC